CCUCGCCCGCACCAUGAUCGCCGCGGCUUUCCUCGUCCUGCUGAGACCCUACAGCAUCCAGUGCGCCCUCUUCCUCUUGUUGCUGCUGCUGGGCACCAUCGCCACCAUCGUCUUCUUCUGCUGCUGGCACCGCAAGCUCCAGAAAGGGAGGCAUCCGAUGAGAUCGGUCUUUUCGGGUCGUUCCCGAAGCCGAGAUGCUGUUUUGAGAUCUCACCACUUUCGUUCCGAGGGAUUCAGAGCCAGCCCUCGGCAUAUCAGACGACGAGUUGCAGCGGCUGCAGCUGCUCGUCUGGAAGAAGUGAAGCCCAUAGUGGAAGUUCACCAUCAGAGCGAGCAGGAUACUUCAGUGAGGAAACGGAGAAUCAAGAAGAAUAGCCGAGUCCAGCCGGAAUUUUAUCAUACCGUUCAAGGUGCUUCAACCAGGAGGCCUAGUUCCGGGAACGCGUCCUAUCGCUGCUCUAUGUCUUCCUCUGCGGAUUUUUCCGAUGAGGAUGAUUUCAGCCAGAAAUCUGGCUCAGCAUCCCCAGCUCCGGGAGACACCUUACCCUGGAAUUUGCCUAAACAUGAGAGAUCGAAAAGGAAGAUUCAAGGGGGUUCCGUGCUGGACCCUGCUGAGAGGGCUGUGCUUAGGAUAGCAGGUAAGAGCUUUGGGGAAGGGGAGAACGGGCUCCAGAGUUGCGGAAAUUCACCCAUCUGCUCCCUGAAGGCGGUUGGGAGCUGA